AUGGAUGAAACGGAUUUAUUAAAUAAAUGCCCAAAUGAGUGUUUUGAACAUUUACUUGAACAAGUAAAACUGAAUUGCUCAGAUUCACACAGUUCUGCAACUGCAAGCGUUUUGAGAAAAAAUGUGGAUGGAUUGAUGAAUGAAAUGCGAACAAAUGAAUAUUUUGGAGCAUUACGGUCAGUGCUAGAUGAUGAAAAACAAAAACAUGCUACUGCUAUGGAAUUGUUAAUUGUUCAAUCACAUGGGGCUAAAAAUAAAUUCAGAGGGGAUAACGUGGAAGAUUCUGAUAAAUUAAUUCCUUCUGUGGAACAAAAGAUGGCAGAAUGCAGAGACUAUUGUUUAUCGGAAGAAUUGACUGAUGAAAUUGAAGAUAAACAAUUAAAACUACGAAUGAGGGAAGUUAUUGAGAAUAGCAUCAAUAUAGAAAACGAUAUAGCUAAUGUAUAUCUUUAA